AUGACGCCACUCACCACCAAGGGGAUGUGGGAAACCAUCAAACAUUACUUCGGCGAUGGCCACGUCCUUGGUUCCGCCCCUCUGCGGUACAAUAUGCACAUCUGCGAAAUGAGACGUCCUUCACCCAGCGACCGUGCGGCUGACAGUGAGCAGCAUGGAAGCGCCAGAUAUGGCGUGGAGAUCAGCGAGGAGGCGAUGCCUCUAUAUUCCGUGUACACAUGCCCUCCUCCCUGCACCUGCUUCGACAUGUCUACUGUGGUGAAGCGGAUCGAUGAGUACCUUGAGAUGGCACCGGACCGCCACCAGGACGAUGGAGUUAUCACUAGUGGGAAGAACGACUCGGACGCCGACGAGGUGAGCCUGUACAUCAUGCGUGACGUGCUCAGCUGGUGGGUACAUUGGGGAGCAGGCUUGCGGCGCGGGGACUAUUGGAAACAGAUCUACGUCGCGUUUGCCGCCAUCCCCGAUGAUGUGCAGAUCGCCCCCAGCGACUUCUUGAAUGGAUCGUAUCAAUUUCUGGGUCACACAUGGGAAGACUGCAAGCGGGGGUUGCUGGGAGAGGGCAUGGCACCGAGUGAGAUUGAGUUUGUCGAGAUGUGUCUCUGGCGACAAAUGCUCACCCAAUACUUUGAGAAGGUGGUUCCAGACAUAUACCGGCUUUUGAGGGCGAAGACCACGCUCAUGACUCAGUAUCGAGUUCACACG